AUGCGCUAUCUACCAAGACUUAGGGAUGGAAGGCCAGCACCUUUACCUUGGCCGGUUGCGAUUUAUCGGCUACUUAAUCACAUUAUUUGGCCACUGGAGGAUGGAGCUAGUCGUCGCGGCGUUCUAUUAGAGCGCUUCAAAAUCUUUAUGGGAUUUGUCAUUUUUAAUUUUACUAACGAGGUGGAUUUUCACUAUUUGGUGCUCAAUCGCCAUAAUAUUGAUAAAAUGCUGACGGGAAUGCCAACUGCUCUGGUGCUACUUGAGAUAAUGUUACGCGGCUUCCAGCUGGCCCUCAAUAAAGAAGCCUUCAAACGUUUGCUACAGAAAUUCUAUGCAGAUAUCUACGUGACGAAGGAAUCGGAGCCACAGCUAUUCUCUAGUAUACAGAGGCAGAUGUUUCUGACUCGUCUAAAUGCCUUUGCUUACAUAGUGGCUCUGGGCAACUUCUUUGUGGUACCAGUGCAGAAUUAUCGUUACAACCGGCGAGAUAUGCUCUAUCAGCAGGUGUAUUUUUUCGACAACACAAAGAUGUAUUUCUACAUACCUUGCCUCAUCAUCAAUUAUUAUGUGGGAACCAUGAUAGUUUCAAUGAUUUUCGGCGAACUAAAUGUCAUCGGCGAGCUCUUGACGCAUUUAAAUGCUCGCUAUAUAAUUCUAUGUCGUGACAUAGGUGAGCUAGCCAAGAAUUCGCUGGAGAAGGAAAGUCCUACAGAAUUGGCUGCCACUUUUCGUCGUGAGCUCCGUCAAAUAGUGUAUCGACAUGUUGCACUAAAUCAAUUCGCCGAGGAAAUGGAAAAUGAAUUUAGUUUUCGUAUAUUCUUUAUGUUUGCGUUUAGUGCCAUACUUCUCUGUGCCAUGGGCUUUAAGGCUUAUACGAAUCCAUCGGCAAAUAUUGUCUAUAUUGUUUGGGGGACGGCCAAGUUCUGUCAGUUGCUGGCGUUGGGAAUGAUCGGCUCGAUUGUCUACAAAACGACGGAUGAUAUAAGUGUCAUGUAUUACUGUUGUGGAUGGGAGCAGAUUAUUUACCACUCGACGAAUACGCGCGAGAAUGUGCAACUUAUGAAAUUUGUCACAAUGGCCAUCGAGAUUAACUCACGACCUUUUUACCUUACCGGCCUGAAGUAUUUUAGUGUUACUCUGGCCACCGUUAUAAAAAUAAUACAAGGGGCAUUCUCAUAUUUUACUUUUCUCACUAAAAUGCGUUAGAGGUAACCGAAGC